UUCGCCAGUAGUUUAAGACACGUUUGUAUUGGAACGGUUAAAUAUGUAUUGUAACAAAAAAUUACCGUUCUCUUAAUAUUUAUAGGUUUGUUUUACAACAUCCACUUAACACAGAAACAGAAAGUAGAAAGUAAGAAAACUAUUGAAAGAAAUUAAUGAGAAGAAUGAUUCCAACAACGUUUUCAAGUAAGUUCCAAGGAGCAGUGAGUAUGAAUGCGUUGAGAUGUUACGUUUCUGAGUUUAUCUCAACCUUCUUCUUCGUCCUCGCAGCCGUUGGAUCCGUCAUGGCUUCAAGGAAACUGACUGCGGGUGAUGUUACGGGUCCGUUUAGUGUAUUAAUACCGGCGAUUGCAAAUGCGUUUGCAUUAUCAUCUUCAGUUUACAUCUCUUGGAACGUCUCUGGCGGCCAUGUGAAUCCAGCGGUUACGUUUGGAAUGGCGGUUGCUGGUCGGAUUAGCGUUCCAACCGCUAUGUUCUACUGGACAUCACAGAUGAUCGCCUCUGUUAUGGCUUGCCUUGUCCUUAAAGUAACCGUAGUUGAACAGCACGUACCGAUCUAUAAGAUCGCUGGAGAAAUGACGGGUUUUGGAGCAUCGGUUCUCGAGGGUGUUCUAUCGUUCGUCCUUGUCUACACCGUGUUCACGGCCAACGACCCGAGACGUGGCUUACCUUUAGCCGUGGGACCUAUAUUCAUAGGGUUUGUUGCGGGCGCCAAUGUUUUAGCCGCUGGUCCGUUCUCUGGUGGAGCCAUGAAUCCUGCAUGUGCCUUUGGGUCGGCUAUGAUUUACGGAAGCUUCAAGAACCAAGCCGUCUACUGGGUCGGGCCUUUGCUCGGAGGAGCCACCGCUGCGCUAGUGUAUGACAACAUGGUUGUGGUUCCUGCAGCUGAAGAUGACCGUGGUUCAUCUACUGGAGAUGCCACUGUAGUGUGAUUACUUGUGCGUCUAAUGUUUUAUAUAUUUCUACGUUGAAGUAGAGCGUUAUUUAGUUUUUUUUUCUUUUUCAGUUCAUGAAAUGUUGUUGACUUUGAUGUUUAAUUUCUUGAAUAUUAAUUUAGUAAAUUUUCAUUAC